UGAGGUUUGGGACCUCGUACAUUGCACGCGAUGGGAGAUUUCAAUCUCGCUCUCGUGAUUGUUGCCAUCGUAGUUUGCGUCAUUGUUUUCAUCUCCAGUAUCUAUCUCCUCGUCAACUAUCAGCAUCCAGAUGAUGCAAACCAGGCUUAUUUCCCCAAGUUUGUUGUUGUUUUUGGUUUAUCGAUUGCUAUGAUCUCUAUUCUCAUGUUACCGGCGGAUGUGGCUAACCGGCAUGCUUGUCGACAUUCGAUUUAUAAUGGCGCUUGUAAUCUCACCUUACCUAUGAAGGAGCUUUGGCUUGCCGUUUACAUUGUUGACGCUGUGCUUGUCUUCUUCAUUAUCCCCUUCGCUAUGUUUUUCUAUGAAGGCGACCAGGACAAGGCUCUUGGGAAGAGGAUAAAAAGUGCUUUGAUUUGGGUGGUUACUACAGCUGUUGUUUGUGCUCUGGUGCUUGGAAUUUUAUACGGAGUCAUUGGGAAGGUGGACUUCUCUGUCAGGCACUUGUCUUCUGCUACGACGACUUUCCCUACUUCAUGGCAGUUUUCAAAUAAUCAACCUUGCAUUGGUAACACUGCUCGUCAGUGCUCAGCAUAUACAGCUAAUGCUGCGUCUGAAAAGACAUGGUCCAUGCGUACUACGUUUCCAGAAUAUGUUGUUGCUCUUGCUACAAUUGUUGGGUCAGUGCUCUUCACGAUAUUUGGUGGUGUUGGUAUUGCUUGCCUACCCUUGGGCCUUAUCACUGCAUUCAUCAGGCGACCAAAGGCUGUUAUCACUCGGUCACAGUAUAUAAAGGACGCAACUGAACUAGGUAAAAAGGCAAGAGAUCUAAAGAAAGCAGCUGAUGCACUUCACCAGGAAGAACGAAGUGGUGCUAAGGGAAGGAAGUGGAGGAAAAAUGUGAAAGCAGUUGAAAAGGAGUUGCUCCAAUUGGAAGAAGAUGUGAACCUCUUAGAAGAGAUGUAUCCGCAAGGAGAGCAGGCAGAGACUGCUUGGGCCUUCACUGUCCUGGGAUACUUGGCCAAGUUUAUUCUUGGAAUCUUAGGAUUAAUUGUUUCUGUGGCUUGGAUUGCUCACAUCAUCAUAUAUCUACUUGUUGACCCUCCCCUCUCUCCUUUUCUUAAUGAAGUUUUCAUCAAACUGGAUGACGUCUGGGGUCUUCUGGGCACAGCUGCCUUUGCUUUCUUCUGUUUCUAUCUCCUACUUUCUGUUAUUGCUGGGGCAAUGAUGCUUGGUUUGAAGCUGGUCUUCAUUACCAUUCAUCCAAUGAAAUGGGGAGCCACUCUUAUGAACUCUUUUCUCUUCAAUGUCGGUCUCAUUCUCCUCUGUUCUAUCAGUGUGAUUCAAUUCUGCGCCACUGCAUUUGGAUAUUAUGCUCAAGCCACCGCCGCUCAGGAGAUAUUUGGCCACACUUUGCAGUCCCUUCGCGGUAUUAAGUACCUCUACAAGUACAAUGUGUUCCAGAUCGGGUUUGUUGUCCUCGCUGGACUGACCUUUUUAUAUUACAUAGCCUUUGGAUGGAGAAGAAAAAAGCCGAGCGAAAAAUUCGGAACAUUCUGGGACGAUCAGAGGGUCUCAAAGAUGGGAACACAUUAUAUAAGCCGUUUCUGGCUAGUGGUAAACAACUCAACGAGUGACAUGGACAUAGCCCUCUUCUCGCCGUCGUCGCUUUUUGCCGCAGACGGUGACUCCUCCGAUGGAGAGACGACGGAGACGAGCCAAAGCUUCGUUGAGAGAAAUCAUCAGUUUCCUGGAAUUGAAUUGCAAAUCCGGGAAUUUGGUUUCCACCAGCUGAAUGCAAACUUGCUGUGGCCAGGUUCAUUUGCCUUUGCUGAUUGGUUAAUGCAGCAUCGACACUUGAUCCAAAGGCGGCGCUGUCUCGAGAUAGGAAGUGGCACAGGGGCACUAGCUAUAUUUCUUAAGAAAGAGUUCAAUCUCGACAUAACUACUUCAGAUUACAAUGAUCAAGAGAUUGAAGAUAAUAUUGUUCAUAACUGUAUUGCAAACAAGAUAAUCCCUUCUUUGCCUCAUAUCAAGCAUACAUGGGGCGAUGAGUUUCCAAUCUCGGAACCAGAUUGGGAUUUGAUCAUAGCCAGUGAUAUCCUUCUAUAUGUAAAACAGUACCCAAACUUGAUAAAGUCUCUGACUUUUCUUCUCAAAACCUACAAACCAACCAAUGUCGUUAGUCCAGCAGAAUGCAAGCUAAAUGGAGCAGACACAGAACUGCCUCAUCCUGUGUUCUUAAUGAGCUGGAGACGAAGAAUUGGGAAAGACGAUGAGUCUCUAUUCUUUACUGGUUGCGAAGAAGCUGGCCUGGAGGUGAAGCAUCUCGGAAACCGAGUUUAUAGCAUCAAGCUUACAGAAAGUAACCUCUGAAGAAUAGAUUGAAAAACUCAUGAGUCCUCCACAGAUCGUUCACCUCUGAAACUAGUGUUGGGUUUGUUACUCUCGCAGCUCUCUUGUAUUUGCUUUUUGGGUCAAAGUUAAGGUGAAAUGAGAUACCGUUACAGCCUUACAGGGUUGCCCGCCCAAUCAUUCCAUUAGUUUGUAACUAACGUUUCGUGUAAGAUCAAUCGAAUUUGAUGGUCGACGAACAAAGUUACUGUAUUUCA